GUUUCCGGCUGACCAUUUCCUCGCAGUUUCCGGCGAAGACUUCGCACUAGUCGUCCCUUCUUCACUCUCUCUCUCUCCCUCUCCCUCUCGCGUUGCAGAUAAAUGCAUCAUUUGUGUCAAAAAAUUGGACUAGCUCGUUCUCGUGGGGCGAGCAUGCCUGGCUUGCUGUGAGCUUGGAGGAAGAGAUUGGGAGGGAAUAGAAUUGAGGAUCCAACAAGACCUUUAUUAAGCAGGUGGGACUACAAACAGACAGAUCAAAACCAGGUUCCUGAAACAAGCAAUCAGACAGACCAGGAUGGCCGAUGCAGUGGGCAGCGUAGCGAAGAUUGUCGAAGUCGCUCUCAAGAUCAAGGAGGCGGCCACCACGGCUCGCCAGAAUAAGAAGGAUUGUCAUCACAUUAAGAGCCGCGUUGAUGUACUCAACAAAACACUCUCGCACCACGAGAAUAACGAGGACUUGAUGGAGGACCCUGCGGUGAUGGCUGCGCUUGAGGCGCUCCAUGGGAUACUCGCUGAGGCACUUGAGGUCGUCACGGAGUGCCAGGAGAAGAGGAACAUCAUCUGCCUCUAUUGCACCGCUGGGAAUUUCUCCAGGCAGUUAGGCAAGGUGGAGCAGAGGAUAUCGUACCUAAGCUCGGACGCAAUGUUGACCAUUAUGAGCUACCAACUACUCAGGAAAUUUCAAGAAGCUGCUCCACAUCCGCCCCCACAGAUUUACUCCCCUGGUACACACAGUCCAUUGCAACCACCAGGUCGGGUACGAAAGAGGUCGAAACGAAAUCAGGAUGAAGCCAACAAGAAAGAUGAGACGACUCAGACAUCACGGAAGUCAAAACAAAAUCAAGAUGAAGCCAGCGAGAAAGAACAGACUCGGACUCAGGUAUCGCAGGCUCCCGCGUUUGGAGAAUGGGACGCUCCGAACUCGGCAGAGAGCUACACCAUAAUAUUCGAGAGGAUUAGGGCCGAGAGUAACCACACAUCGACGAUGGCUGUUUGUAGCGGUGCUCUGAUGGCUGAUCAACCGCGCAGCCUGGUAGACAGAAUUGCUGAAGUUGCCGGCAACAUCAAAGAAGCGGCGGGGGCGGUUUUCAAGAACAAUGACGAGUGCCUUGAGAUUGGCCAGCUUGUGAACAAAGUAAGCACCCUCCUGUCGCAGCUCGAGGGUAAAAAGAUGGCGGACGAGCCGGCGAUGAGAGGCGCCCUGGAGAAGCUCCUCGCUACCUUCCGCCGCGCCCACACGCUCGUCAUUGCCUGCCAAAGAAAGGGACUCGGCAUCGUGUGGCUCUCCAUCCUACCUAGUCGACUGUCCACACAGCUACACGAGGUGCUGGAUCAGAUUGUGUCUAACAUCGCUGACAUGACUGCCAUCGUCCUCGCCUAAGUUUUCAGGUGACAACCAAUUGAGGGUGGUGGCAACACAUUUUUAGUCGUGUGCCUGGACCUAGAAGAAUGUGCCGAUGGCAACUGCUUUCUAUAUUGUUUGGCAUCUACAGAAGCAGCGUAGCAGAAGAUUUUUAUAGAGCAAGGCGAUUACUAGUUGUUUGCCUUUGGCAUCCGAGUACUGCGCUUGUGUGCUCAAGCCAUAGGUAGCGUGUUUGAGACGAGGUGACAUUUUCAAACAGAUGAAAAAACGUUAUCCAUACAGCAUUACAGCGGAACCACACACUUACUGCAGUUGCAGGGCUCAAGAACCUUAAAUUUUACUGUUGGGGGAACUUUCCCCUCGAUGUAUGUCCUGAUAGCCACAACAGCCUUUCGGGCUUCGUUAACUGUAUCCUUAUCCAAAGGAAAACACUUGGCAAACUUCCUCCUAUGAUACCCGUUGGUGGUGUCCAGAAUAAGGUGCUUUAGUGAA